AAUGUGUUUUUUUGAAGCCUAUUAUUAGUGAUAAUAAAACUGUGUGUUGCACACAGAUUUUGGGAUGCAGCCUCUUCUCCCCCCUCCUCCCCCUCCCUUUCAGAGGACAAAGACUAAAAUGGGUCAGACUGGAGAGAAGCAGAUCUUCCAGCCAUCAUGUAAUGUAGUUCAUCAUCCUGGUCCUGGAGACAGAAACAAGAUGCUGCUGACGGGAUUUAUGGCUUCUUUUUAACAACAGAUCCAACAUGUCGCCUGCAGCCUGCAGAGACGAUCUCACCCUCUUUAUUUAACGAGACGGAGACGGAGACGGAGACACGUUUAUUAGCCUAUUGGACAUUUAAAAAGACAAAAUACAGUUUCUUUUAGGGGGGUGGAUUUCGGAAUCGUGUCAGCGGUUAUUUUAAUCAUGUCCUCUCGGGAUGGAGGAAGCAUUUUGCUCGCUUACUGGGACUGAACUGGUGUGAUUUGGGGAUCUUUUUCCUUGCUUCCAGUUUCCAGACACCGACUCAUCCGGCUGCUGCUGCCCGACGGAGGGGUGAUGGAUGCGGCGCCGAGUUAAUCUGAUUCCUCGGUGAAAAUACAGGAGACGGGGUAAAGUCCGGCUCUUUGGACUGUGGACACAAAGAUCCAGCGAGCAUCUGAUGGAGGACGGCGCACACUGUCGGCCCGAGCAUCGGUGUGGAUCUCUGCUCUCUGCUGUGCACUGUGAAGCCGCUCUGAUCACAUACUGCAGAUCUGCCGUCACCAUGACUCCCCCAGCGUCCGGCCGACACUCAUCACGGACGCUCUGGCCGCCCGCCACCAUGCUGGUAACACUGCUGCUGGUGAUAACAUCACUUCCCAUGUCAGCUGCCUUGGAGCCGGAGACGUGUUUCUCCAGACAACACCAGAGCGCCAUCGUGAAUGUCAGACAGGCGCUGACCAAGCCAACGACAGUUAUGGAGACUCGGGUGGUGCGGUCGGAGCGGGACUGCGUCCUCGCCUGCUGCUCAGAGGAAGUCAAACCAGGCGCCAAAUGCAACAUGGCGGUGUUCAACGGCAACAAACACGCUGGCGAGGAUAACUGCUUCCUGUUCCACUGUCAGACGGAGCAGGACUGUCCGCUGAUGAAGGCUCAGGACGCCAUCAACACCUACGACAUCUACAAAGGUUUGAUCCAUCCGACCACGGUGAGACCUGUCGCCACGACGACCACCACCACCACCACCACCACCACGAGGCAACCCUCCACCGACACACCGACCACAACCACACCAACAACCACACCAACAACCACACCAACAACCACACAAAAAAUCACAACAACAACAACGAUGCCGACCAUCGCCGUGAGAACGCAGGCUCCCACCACAACAACAGCUCCUCCACCCAUCAUCAUCAUCGCCACGAUGCCUCCGGUAACAACAGCACCCACAACAACAACAACAACAACAACAGCAACAACAACAACAACAGCACACACAACAACAACGAUAUCACCCACGGCAACGACAACAACAACAACAACCCCGAAAAAGCCAAACAAAACCAACAGAAAGCAAAAUAAAACUCCCAAGAAAGUCAAGCCUCAUCCUGUCGUUGCCGCCACGACAUCACUUCCUGUGGUAACCGCCGGCAGCAAGGCUGCAGAGAGAACUACUGACACACCACAGCCGACCACAACAACCACAACAACUACAAAAACUACAACUCCCUCUACAACAACUACAAAAACUACAACUCCCUCUACAACAACUACAAAAACUACAACUCCCUCUACAACUACAAAAACUACAACUCCCUCUACAACAAAAACUACAACUCCUUCUACAACUACAAAAACUACAACUCCCUCUACAACAACUACAAAAACUACAACUCCCUCUACAACAACUACAAAAACUACAACUCCCUCUACAACAACAACAACGACAACCACCUCUACCCCAUUUCUUCCCAUCACUGAUUGGUCCACGGCGACUUCGGCGCCGGCUCUGCUCAUCGUCCCCAAAGGCGCCGAUCAGUCGGAGCUCCCGCUGCAGAACUUGAGCGCUGGCCGCGGGGACGGGGACGGGGCUGCGGCCGCGGGGACGCCAGGAGCGUUAAAAACCGGCAUGGUGGUGUUUAUGGUUCUCGGCCUCGCCGUGCUCACGCUGGCUCUGGCCGCCGCCGGCCGCAAGGCAAUGGAGUCCUUCGACAGACGCCAUUACACGAGACUGGAGCUCAACGACCUGCACUACGAGGUGUGAGGAUGCGGACGGGGUGUGGGGGGGGGUAAGGUGUUCGGUUUCUAAGACGGAGAAACGGGAAAAACUUAAAACAAGUUAAAGGUUCCGUAGGUAGGAUGGUGAAGAUCCAGGACUUAGCCAAAAAAUUUGAACAUCAACAACUUCUCAGUCCCUCCCCCCCCUUUCCGCUAAAGCCCAAAACGUUCUCCUAAGCCCC